UCCAGCCACGUAUAUUUGUUUAUAACUGUUCUGGCUUGCAAAAUGUGCUUGAUCAGUGAGAUCUGAUUUCUCUACUGUUUCAGACCAGACAGCUUUUUAAUUAGAGAAAGCAAUUUGAUGGAUGGAGGACUCCUACAAUAUUCUAACAAAUUGAAGUUAAUAUGUUUUAAUGAUGGAUUUGUUAUUUCACAAGACAUUUAUCGGUGGACUGGAGUGGUUGUGGAUUAUUGUGAUGUUUUUAUCAGCUGUUUGGACUCUCAUUCUGAUGGCACCCAUUCACUGAAGAGCAUGAGCAAGUGAUGCAAUGCUACAUUCCUCCAAAUCUGUUCAGACGAAGAAACAAUUUUUGGGUGAACUUUUCCUUUAAGGUGUCAUUGUUCUUAUAACAAUGAAGCAAAUUUAAUUACGUUAAUGCUUAAUUGUCAUGUAUGUAAACAUUAAAGCAAUUUUUGUGUCUUUGAUGCACCGUUAUGGGAAUUGCAUUUAGAUGGAGUUCAACACGUCUGGAUCCACCAACACAGACACGGGAAAAGCCGGCGGGAGUCUGGAGACCAAGUAUAAGAUGAAGGAUCUGGGAUUGAGUUUAAACCAGAAGUGGAACACAGACAACAUGCUCACUACAGAAGUGUCUGUGGAAGACCAGCUCGUCCAAGGGUUGAAACUGGCCCUGGAUACGUCUUUUGUACCAAACACAAGCAAGAAGAGCGGUAAACUGAAGACCAGCUACAAGCGUGACUUUGUCAAUGUGAGCUGUGACAUUGAUUUUGAGGGUCCGGUUGUGCACUCUGCAGCGGUUCUGGGAUACGAAGGCUGGCUCUUGGGCUACCAGAUGGCAUUUGACAUGGCCAAAUCCAAACUGGUGCAAAACAACUUCGCUCUGGGAUACAAGGCAGGAGAUUUCCAGCUUCACACCAACGUUAAUGACGGAGCUGAUUUCGGAGGAUCGGUCUAUCACAAAGUCAGUGAUCAGCUGGAGACGGCCGUCACUUUGGCCUGGACUUCAGGCAGCAACAGCACACGCUUCGGAGUUGCUGCAAAGUACCAGCUGGAUAAAGAUGCUUCUGUGUCUGCCAAAGUGAACAAUGCCAGUCUGAUUGGAGUUGGUUACACUCAGAGUCUUCGACCCGGUGUGAAACUCACUCUCUCGGCCUUGAUCGAUGGGAAAAACUUCAGCACAGGUGGACACAAAGUAGGACUGGGAGUUGAACUGGAAGCGUAGCUGCGGCAGUGCAAAAGAUACAGAAGAAGCGAGACCCAGUCCUCCUACAUCACACGCUAGCACUCGAUGACUAAAAACACUUAGCGGCAUGUUGAUGGUUUUUCCAAGUCUGUGGGAGCGGAGUGAUUUAAUCUCAACCGGCCGUAAGAUCUGGCCUUCUAAGGGAAAAAUUAGCUGAUCACCUUAUUUAUUUAACGACAGCCGUAUAUUUACCUAGAGCACCUAGAGCAAACCAAAUUACACAAGUAGUGGUAGAUUUGCAAGCUUUGCGUGUUUCUCUGGUGAUGUCAGUGCAUGUUAAGGACUUGGUUUAUUGCGUUGGUGAGCAAAGGUCAUAAACUUGGAUGGUUGUAGUUGAGGUUAUUUCUCAGUAUGCUGUAGUAGAGUGAUGUUGCACUUCUAGGGCUUUAGGCCUCAAAGGAAACUGAACAGACAGCACGCGUAUUUUUAGAGCUAGCAACACUAUCUUUUUUCACACUCAUUGAUGGUUAGAGUGCAACUCUGUAUUGUGGGAAAUAAUACCGCUAGCAAACCAUUUCAAAAGUGUUUCGGUGUACAAAUUAGCUUUUUGU